AAUGGCGGGUUCCUCAUCAACUGAAAAACAUUUGAACAGUUGGAUAAUAGAAUAUGCUUGUCAUGCAGCGUGGAAGGAAUUUUCAACAACUAUGGUUGUUGAGUCUAUUAGAGACUUUGUUCAAGGUACCAUCUCACUGCCACAUGCUAGAACAAGUAAAUUGUUAUCGGAUAUUUAUUUCUUAGUAUUGAUAUGCCGUCUGUCAGACGGAGAAGAUUAUCAGACGUCCUAUGAAAAAUCCACCGAUUCCUCAGAGACAAAAACAGUAUUGGAAUCAGUCUUACAGUUUUUUGACAAAUAUUUAGCCCCUUAUCUUGAAGGAACGAGUGGGCCUGAAAAUAUCAAGGCUGUGAAACAAGCAUCUCGGUAUCGUAGUUUAAUCAAGGCACAGUCUGUUAUAACAUGUGGUAGAGCUGAUGAUUUUGAUACAGCACAGCUUGUGUAUGAUAGACAAUAUUCAAAUAUACACACUUCUCAUGAUAAGGACUGGUCAUCAAGAUUAAAAACCUUGCUAAGAUCAAGAAAUAAAAACCAUAGAUUAAUCAAAGAGAAUUCUUAUAGCAAGUUCUUAGAAAUAAUGGUGGAAUAUUUAAAACCUCUAGUUGAAAUGAGGGAACGACCAUAUCUGUUAAAGGUAGAAGAUUCAUACUGUGAUAUGGUAACGAAAAUGAAAUCCACGGAAACAAGAAUAAUUCAAGCUUCAAGUUUAGCUAGGAACGGUGCUAUUCAAGAUAAAGCUGUCACAUCCACCCAAAUAAAACUCGCUCAACAAAAGAGAAGAGAAGAAACAGUUCGUGAUAUUGAGAGAGAUAACAGUAACAACAACCAUGUACACACAACACAAAAUUCAGCAGCGUCUCCGUCCAAACGGAAUCACACAUCACCACAGAAGUCUUCACAUUCCUCACCUCCAAUGUCUCCCCCCAAAUCACCUCAACAAUCACCUUCAAAAUCACCCCACAGGCCUAUUGAAGAAAGAAUUGCUGAACGAGAAGCACAGAAACGAGCUCAUACCAAAUCAAUCAAGAAAAAUGAUUUUGUAUACAGGAAGAAUGAAAACCGUGAAAAUCGUCAUCAAGUAUUUAGUUCUGAUUCUGUAUCAGAUUUAGGUGAUAGUUCUGAUGAAGAAAUUCCAAGUAAAAUACCUCACAGGAAUCUAAAGAGUCCUCAAUCACGCAAUAGCUUGGCACCCCCUAGAGACGGAAUCUACAGAAAUAGAAACAGUGUCUCUUACGUGUCAUCAACAGCUAAACGCUCCAAAUGGACGCAUGCAGAAUCUUUUCAACUAUUCAAGGCAGUCAAAGAAGUGGGUGUCGGCAGAUGGGCGCAAUGCAAAGAGAUAAUAAAUACUACACGUUCGUCAGUUAAUUUAAAAGAUCGCUGGAGAACAAUGGUUAAAUCUAAAUUAGUAGAGACAUUUGUUAAGGAUUAUGGUCCAAUAGGUUGAUGAUCGGUUUCGUGUUUUAUCAUUCAUUGUUAUUCAUAAUAUAUCGAACAUUGAGAGUCAGAAAACAAACAAAAUGAAAGUAGAAAAUAUUCAUAAGUUAAGGAUUAUUGUCCAAUAGGUUGAUGAUUGGUUUCAUGUUUUAUCAUUCUUUGUUAUUCAUAAUAUAUCGCACAUUGCCAGUUAGAAAACAUAAACGAAAGUAGACAAUAUUCAUAAUAUAUCGCACAUUGAAAGUCAGAAUAAAAAACAAAAGUAGACAAUAUUGUUUUAUAGUUUAUUGUGUAAUAGCUGAAAUUAUCGUUGGAGAACUAUGAUUAAAUUAAUAGAGACAUCAGUUAAGGAUUAUUGUCCAAUAGGUUGAUGAUUGAUUUCACAUUUUAUCAUUUGUUGUUAUUUGUUUAUUAAUGUUCAUAAUAUAUAGCAUGAUGAGAUUCAGAAAAAAACCGAAAGUAGAUAAUCUUGUUUCAUGGUUUGUUGGUAUCAGUUGAAAUUAUUUCGAGCAGUUGAAGAUGAAUCUAUUUACCAAGAUCCGUCUUUGCUGUUAAAAAUUGUAAUUUAUUAACUUUUUUGUCCGGAUGUCAUAGAAAUUAUUGUUGAUAUCUUGGGUAUUGAAGUAAUCUAUUUCUGAGAUACGCCAUUACUGUAUAAAAUUAUAAAUUUACCAACUUUCAUGCCUGUGGGGAGUCAGAAUGUCAUGUUUUCGGGGGAAAAUAUAUAUUAACAUUGUGUCUUGUCAAAGCUUACUAUCAAACUGAAAGUAGCCAAUAUUGUUUUAUUAUUAGCUUAGUAUCUGUUGUUCAUAUUAUUGUUCAUAUCUUAUGGCAUUUAAGCAGUUAAAGGUAAAGCUGUACAAAAUUGUAAAUUAUUAUUAACUUUCACGUCUGUGAGUCAGAAUGUCAUGUUUCCUUGAAAAAUUGUUGAGGGGUGAGGCUACCCGAAAAAUGCUUUCUGAAAUUCUAAAGCUAUUGAAUUGAAGAUGGCAUAAGUAGUUGGGAAAUGUAAUAAACAAAAGAAAACUAGCAUUAUAAAAAAAGAAAAAAAAGUUGUUGCCAGGGUAACCCUUUUUUGGGAGGGGGGGGUAUGAAAAAAGUAGGUACACCAAAUCUCUUUCACUAAUAAAGACAAAUGUCUCAUUUUUCGGACUGCUUAUUCUCUCUACAGAGAUAUAGUGUACCUACGUUUUUCAAAAAAAUUUCCCCAAAAAUGUGUUACCCUGGCAACAACUUUAUUUUAAUGCUAGUUUUCCCUUGUUUAUUAUAUUUCCUGACUAUUUGUACUAUUUUCAAUUCAAUAGCUUUAACAUUUCAGAAUAAAAAAUUUCGGGUAGCCUCCCCCUUAACAUUGUGUCUCGUCAAAACGUUCCAAACAAACCUAAAAUAUACUGUAUUGUUUUGUAUUAUUGUUAUUUACAGGCCUAGAAAUAACCUGACGAAAUGUCAGGCACUAAUGAAAUAGUACCUAACAUUUUCAACUUUGUUUCUGACAUGUAUUAAUAAUAUCAAUAAAAAAGACAAAUCAGUGCCAGAAAAAAUGACAAGCACCAGAGGUUUAUUGCCUGACAAAGCCUGAAUCUGUGCCUGACAUUGUCUGUGACAGGUGCCUUAUUUCCUGGCUUGCAGUUAUUUAUGUAUCUGUUGAAAUUAUUAUAGAUCUGAGAUUAGUUUUUACUGUAUAAAAACAAAAAAAAAACACUAAUUAUCUCCCCUUGUGUUUAUACCCUGAGGCCUCACCAAUUUGAUUUGUUGUUUUUUAGUGGUUUCAUAAAUAAACAUACAUGUGAAAGAUGGGUUUUUUUUUUUUAAAUUUCAAAAACUUAAAAAUUUGGAUCUAAAGACUUUUGAACAGCACAACAAAGUACCUUUGGUUUCUAACGAUGCAUUAUGUAAGAGCUAAAUAUAAGUGGGUAAGACGCUGGCUCGCUAACCUGGAGGUCGUGUGUUCGAUCCCUGCAUUGGUGAAGAAACUCAUCUUGAUUUUUUGACGUGGUUUCCCCUUGUCAGUGGUGCAGGACGGAGGGCCUGAUAAUGACAGCUGUGUAGUUGUUCAGGUAGGACAAAAAUAUGAGGUCCCAUGUAUACAUAGUGGCGCUGCCAGGGCAAAAUUUCCCUCGUAGCACACUGUAUAGUGUAUGCCCAUCUUCAGUGACCCAGUCCGAGGAGAACAGUAGGACAUUAAACCCCAUUUCAUUUCAUUUUGUAUAACAUUUGAAACCAAAAUAAAGACCUGCAAUAGGCAGAUUUAGCUAAUACAUAAUGCAUCUUUAAUUAAUACUGUAAAUUUAAUUCGAACUUCAUGGUAUAUUAUGUGCAUGUGACAUCAAUUUUUUGUAUUACAAUAUUUUGUCGACAAGAAAAACUUUGAUUAGCACGCGCGCGUUGUAUCAUACGGUCUGUCAUUGAGUCAACUGGCGGGGUUUCGAAUCCCUGGUUGUACGUGACAAGGAGUAGGGUCGCCUGUCCAACCUCGUGGGUUUUUUUCCGGGUCCUCCGGUUUCCUCCCACUGCUAAAGACCCCUACGCGCAAGCAGAUUAUUGAAAUAAAAAAAAACAUUUGUUAGUCCCGAAAUGACCUAGUUUGUGUCGAAUGGACGUUAAAAGCCAUCUCUCUCUCUCUCUUUGAUAGUUAAAAAUGUAAGAUUUAGAUAAAAAAAAGAGCCAUUCUUGCUAUAAUAGUCAUGAAUGGAAACUCUGCCGACAGUCCAUAUUUAUGACAGCCAUUAUAAUAAACAAAGUCUUGAUUGUCAGUGACAGUUCUUUUAUACAGCAGUCUCUGGCAAAUAUUGGUGUCUAAUCCAUUCAAUAUCUAAACCAUCCAAAGCUCUAGAGAGUUGAUUAUGGACUUGUCGUGAAGGUCUAAAUAAUAAUUUAAAUAGCGUUUGAAGCCAGAAAAAUGUCCAUCAAUAGACAGAUUUAGUUCUUGUAUUUUUAAACAUACAUUAUGCAAGAGCUAAAUCUUGCCUAUUGCAGGUCUUUCUUUAGGCCUGAAUUGUUAUAUAAACUAUUACGGUAGUUAGACAUUUAUUAACAUGAAAAGACCAUAAUCAACUCUCAAUGCCACCCUGUACAUCAGAUUUUCACUGGAUUUGAUGACUGAUGAUUGAAUCCAAAAAUAGAUAAUCAAGACUAUGUUUUUUUUAUAGCACCGACUUUAGUAAAGAUGAUCAAGGCUAGGCCUAAAAUUCAAUGGCUAAUAUCUCGGUUCAGAGUGGAGCAAUUGAACUGAAAUUUUCAACAUAUUCCCUUUACAUUAUCUAGUGUUUAACUAUUAUAGUGAAAACUGCCAGCUCUUUAUCUAAUCUGUCAUAAUACCCUUUUAACGAUUUGAGGUCCAACCAGUGACCUUAAAGGACUACUAGAAUUGUAAUUAUACUGUGGGUUAUUUUUAAAAUUUCUGUGUUAUAAUUGUAAAAUAGUAUUGGAUAUAUAUUUUAAAGAUCAGUUAACUGUACAUACAACUAAAUCAUUAUGUAUAAUCGUUAAAGUAACAAUGUGUCAUUUGCAUUUUUCACUAAAAUAUCAAAUUUUUCACGGCUUAAUCCAUGCUAAUAUGUAACAUUUA